AUGGCGGAAUCAGGAAUGGCAAAGACGAUGGUUUCUGGUAUUGAUAGGAAGGUGACUAUGAAGUUGAAUCCAUUUGAUCGUACACGGCUGACCUCUCCGUUCACAACUCCACCUCAAUCGAUAGAGUUGAGAGGUGUCUUCUCCAUUGCUAGAGAGCAAAACCACAAUGACACCAUUAUCAAUAUCUUCAGUUCGAUAAAAUCCAUAACUGAGUAA